AGAAAAUCUGCAACUGGGGUCGAGGAAAGUCAUAAUUUAUAUAAUGUGCUAAUUUUCAGGUUUAGUGUAAGAAGUGACACAUUUUUUCCUUUCGUCGCGAAAACAGUAGUAGUGGAGUCUUUGAACAACAACGCCACCAACCCCAACCCUUUUUACUUUCUCUCUCUACAAUCCAAACAAAACCCUCUUUCUCUCUCUAAAAGUUCAGCGUCGAAUCAAUGUCUGAGCUAUCAGCAGCAUGGUGCUAGGGUUCAUAACUUGGGAAAAUGGUGUUCAAAGGAAGGUUCUUCUCUUCCAAGAAAUCGGAUUCAUCUAGCCCCGAUGCUUCCUCCAAUAGUCCUCGAUCCUUCUCUUCCAAUUCGCCUUCCAGAUCCGAUAAGAAAAAACCUAAAUCUGCCGCUAAUCAAACCCUAACAGCCAGUUCAUCAGCCGGCGGAGGAAUCGCCGCCGCCGUCGCGUGUCGCCAGACGCAGGUUAAGGAUGGGACUAAGAAGAAGGACGUCGUGGUCAAAGGCAAAGAGAGUCAAACUCCUCCGACUGAGUCUCGCUCUGCCGGUUCGAAGAAAUUGACGGCGGCGGCGGCGGCGGCGGAGGGGAAGGAAUCUCCGUCGUCGUCUUCGGUUUCGCCGAUUCUAGCGUCGUCGCUUGGGCUGAACAGGAUAAAGACGAGAUCGGGGCCGUUGCCGCAGGAGAGCUUCUUCGGGUUCAGGGGCGAGAAGGGGACGGCGGCGGCCGCGGCGGCGCUGGGAGCAAGUAACCUCUCCAGGCAUGGUGGUCGUGGCAGUGAUGGGAGUGGCGGGAAGAAGAAGGAGUCGAUGAACCAGAACAGAGUAGGGUUUCACGAGGGUUCCGGCGCCACCGGAGCUUGGGUUGAUAAUGGGAGCAAUUCUGAUAGCAUGUCGACGGGGAGUGUGCCGUCGAGGGAACAGAGCCCGAUUGUGCUACCCCGGUCGCGGUUACAGAACGGCGAGUCGUCCUCUGAAGCAGGCAAACCAGCACCAUCAUGGGCUCAGUCUGGAGGCUUAAGAAGUACAGAUGUUUGUACUCCAGAGACAGCAUAUGAUUUUGAAAACCCAAAGGAAUCAGAAUCUCCUCGUUUUCAAGCUAUAUUACGUGUCACAAGUGCUCCUAGGAAGAGGUUUCCGUCAGAUAUCAAAAGUUUUUCCCAUGAGUUGAAUUCGAAAGGUGUCUGGCCUUUUCCAUUUUUGAAGCCUCGACGGUUAAAUAACCUUGAGGGGAUUUUAGUUGUUAUCAGGGCAAAAUUUGAUAAAGCAAAGGAAGAUGUGAACUCUGAUUUGGCUAUUUUUGCGGCAGACCUGGUUGGAAUUCUUGAAAAAAAUGCAGAUACUCAUCCUGAAUGGCAAGAGACAAUUGAGGACUUGUUAGUUUUGGCUAGGAGCUGUGCAAUGACUUCACCUGGGGAGUUUUGGCUUCAGUGUGAAAGCAUAGUUCAGGAGUUGGAUGAUAGGCGUCAAGAGCAUCCUCCAGGGAUGCUAAAACAGCUUCACACUCGAAUGCUUUUCAUUCUAACAAGGUGUACUAGAUUAUUGCAAUUCCACAAGGAAAGUGGUUUGGCGGAGGAUGAGCCUGUUUUCAAUCUUCGUCAAUCCAGAGUCUUGCAUUCUGCUGAAAAAUGUAUUCCUCCUGGUGUGGGAAGGGAUACUAAAAGUUCUAGUGCUGCAAAGACCAUGAAGGCUUCAAAUAAAAAAGCUUAUAGUCAAGAGCAGGGUAUGUUGGGUUGGAAGAAAGAUGUUAUGCAACCACAGAAUCUAACACUUCCUGUCGAUGAUGACAGUUCAAAACACUUUGACUCUUCUUCAGGCAGAGAUCGAAUGGCUUCGUGGAAGAAAUUCCCAUCUCCGUCAGGAAGAAGCCCCAAAGAACCUGCUGGAAGGGUUGAAUCUUCAAAGGCAUCAAAUAAUAAGAGAUUCACUUCUGAUGUGGAUCUCUCUAAUGCCAAACCACCUGAGCAUCUUCCUGUCAAAGAUUCCCUUGAUCAUGCUUCCAAACACCAACACAAAGUUUCCUGGGGAUAUUGGGGAGAUCAGCCAAACAAUAGUGAGGAGAGUUCAAUAAUUUGUCGUAUAUGUGAAGAGGAAGUUCCUACUUCACAUGUUGAAGAUCAUUCAAGGAUUUGUGCAGUUGCCGAUAGAUGUGAUCAAAAGGGACUGAGUGUCAAUGAGCGUCUUGUCAGAAUUGCUGAAACACUUGAAAAGAUGAUGGAAUCAUGUACGCAGAAGGAUACCCAACAAAUGGUGGGAAGUCCUGAUGUUGCAAAAGUGUCAAACUCAAGCAUGACUGAAGAAUCUGAUGUUCCUUCCCCUAAACUUAGUGAUUGGUCUCGCAGAGGCUCAGAGGACAUGCUAGACUGUUUCCCUGAAACUGAUAAUUCUGUGUUUAUGGAUGACCUAAAGGGAUUACCACUUAUAUCAUGUAAAACUCGUUUUGGUCCAAAGUCUGACCAAGGUAUGACAACAUCAUCGGCAGGGAGCAUGACUCCUAGGUCUCCUUUGAUGACACCCAGGACAAGUCAGAUUGACUUGCUCUUGGCCGGGAAGGUUGCUUAUUCUGAACACGAUGAUCUGCCACAGAUGAAUGAACUUGCUGAUAUAGCACGAUGUGUGGCAAAUGCACCUCUGGAUGAUGACCGCACAACAUCAUAUUUAUUAUCUUGUCUUGAUGAUUUACGAAUUGUUGUAGAACGAAGGAAAUUUGAUGCACUUACUGUGGAGACUUUUGGAACACGUAUCGAGAAGCUGAUACGAGAGAAGUAUCUGCAGCUCACUGAGAUGGUGGAUGUUGAAAAGAUAGAUACGGAGAGCACUGUUGAUGAUGAUCUGUUGGAAGAAGAUGUGAUUCGUAGCUUGAGAACAAGCCCGAUUCAUUCUUCAAGGGAUCGUACCUCUAUUGAUGACUUUGAGAUUAUAAAACCUAUCAGUCGUGGGGCAUUUGGAAGGGUUUUCUUGGCUAAAAAGAGAACAACUGGUGAUCUUUUUGCCAUAAAGGUUCUCAAGAAGGCAGAUAUGAUCCGAAAGAAUGCUGUGGAAAGUAUAUUAGCAGAGCGUGAUAUCUUAAUUACCGUACGCAAUCCUUUUGUGGUUCGAUUCUUCUAUUCUUUUACGUGUCGUGAGAACUUAUAUCUUGUCAUGGAGUAUCUGAAUGGAGGUGACCUGUAUUCAUUAUUAAGGAAUUUAGGUUGCCUAGAUGAGGAAGUUGCCCGUGUAUAUAUUGCGGAAGUGGUGCUUGCAUUAGAGUAUCUGCAUUCACUGCGCGUGGUUCAUCGUGACUUGAAGCCUGACAAUUUAUUGAUAGCACAUGAUGGUCACAUCAAGUUAACAGACUUUGGGCUUUCUAAAGUUGGUCUCAUCAACAGCACAGAUGAUUUGUCUGGUCCAGCAGUGAAUGGGACAUCCCUACUUGGAGAUGAUGAACCUCAUGUAUUUACAUCUGAGGAUCAAAUGGAAAGAAGGAAGAAACGUUCAGCAGUGGGCACGCCUGAUUACUUAGCACCAGAGAUACUUUUGGGAACUGGACAUGGGUAUACUGCCGAUUGGUGGUCUGUUGGGGUCAUUUUAUUUGAGUUGCUUGUUGGUAUUCCACCCUUCAAUGCAGAGCAUCCUCAGACUAUAUUUGAUAAUAUUCUUAAUCGUAAGAUACCUUGGCCUGCAGUUCCUGAAGAAAUGAGUCCUGAAGCACAGGAUCUUAUUGAUCGAUUAUUGACAGAAGAUCCUAAUCAAAGACUAGGAGCGAAAGGGGCAUCAGAGGUAAAGCAACAUGUUUUCUUCAAGGAUAUAAACUGGGACACACUUGCCAGGCAGAAAGCUGCAUUUGUUCCUACUUCUGAGAGUGCUUUAGAUACUAGUUACUUCACUAGUCGCUACUCAUGGAAUACUUCUGAUGGGCUAGUAUAUCCAGCUAGUGAUGUUGAGGAUUCUAGUGAUGCCGAUAGUUUAAGUGGCAGCAGUAGUUGCUUGAGCAAUCGUCAAGAUGAAGUGGGAGAUGAAUGUGGGGGUCUAGCUGAGUUUGAUUCUAGCUCAUCUGUCAAUUACUCUUUUAGUAAUUUCUCCUUUAAGAAUCUCUCUCAGCUUGCAUCAAUCAACUAUGAUCUCACCAAGGGAUGGAAAGAUGAUCCGCCAGCCAAUUCUAGUGCAUAGCUGUCUUAUCCUGACAAAGUCCAGAAUUUGGUUUUCGACCUAUGAUCCAAGCAAUUUUGGGGGCAUAAGCACCUUUAUUGUUUGUAUACCUUGUACAUAGAUUUAGAGGUUCAAAGUGGUUCAGGAUGGUACACUUGGCUUACUAGGUUACAGGGAAGCCCGCUCCGGUGGGGGUGGGGUUCAAUGUUACGGUUUAUUGUGUAUGAAUUGAGAAGUGUAAAUUUAAAAUUUGGCUCACUUUGUUCUGUGGCGAAUUCUUAUUAUACUGGCAAUGAGAACACAUCCCUUUUUGUUCUGCCCACUGUAAUAUUAUUAUUUGCUUAAACAAUUCAGAUUGGGUUGUUGCCAAGUCUUUUCUGGUGCUCCCUCCCCUUCAAGCACUGCGUCAUAAACAACUUGUUCGCGUGGUUUCUAUUGGU